CGAACGGGGACCAGUUUCGUGCCCAAGAUUCUCAACCCCGACGGAGUUUCCCAAGAUUUUUCAUUUCCCUAGAAAACGCGAAUAAGUAUCCCACUGAGAGUUUCGAUAUCGUUUCGUAUUAAAUUCCACCAGCGAAAUCUCGCUAGAAUCUUGAAUCCAGCUGAUGGUCGUCGGUGGUUUAAGGGUCAGCGUGACGUCACAGAAUGGACCGGAGCAAGACGAUGGACGGUGUACGAUGAAUAAAUUACGAGGACAGUGACACGAAACCGGCGAGAUGAGUAGCCGAGAUAGUGGACUGGUCUAUUUUUGUACGACCAUCUCUACGCUGAUCCACUUUUUCUAUUCCUUGGAUCCAUUGCACCGCUUAUGAUUAAUUAGCUAAUAGAAGGAGAAAGCUGAGCAACCACAAAAACAAUUAGGGUGGGCGAAGAAAGUCCAGAACGAGCAGGGGCUGAUUGAAUAACCGUGGAAACUUAAAAAGGAAUUCUGGGUCAAGGUUUGAAGAAAAUUAGUCGUCAGAACGAUGUGAGAGGAAUAUAUGGGUGAACACCAAACGGGCAAAGAAGAUUCGACGAAAUCACGAACACGUGGCGGGACGUGAAGCGGGCGUUGAGCCUGCUAUGCGUAAAGAAAUUCGCCGGCAGCGGAACAAUGCUGGAAGCACCGCCCGGAAGUCGCGAGGACCUCGUGGAGGCGGCAAGAACACCAUGCACACCCACAGAUCUGGACACGAUGUUAUAUGGAUACACGAACAACAUAUACGUGCUGGACCACACACCUGAAUCCCUGCCGGAUAUGGACAUGCUGCAACUGUUCGCAUCGCCGGCAGGUCGAGCACUAUUCACAAAUGACAAUCGCCGGAGAGGAUCGACGUCGACCUCCUCCUUGUCUCGAGAGUCCUCUUCGAGGUUGAAGAGAGGCAGAAGACCAUCGGGCACAGGUACAGUUAGCGCACCAACCACACCGCCCAGGCAACGUAAAUCGAGUGCGGAACUCUACAAAGAAGCCGUCGAGAUACUUGGUCUUACCUGCUCCUUGACUGAUAGCUGCCGAUGCAUCGAUUGCCAGAGCAAUUACUUCGACUGCGACGACGAUUUUGGCGACGCCAGAACGGAAUUGGCUGCGGGAACACCGAUUCUACUGGACCACGCUCUGUCGCAUCCAUUGACGUGUUCCAUACAGUAGCAGCCGAGCAACCUGUUUGAAAAUCGACCUUCCGUUAGUUUGCUGUGCUAUCUUACCAACCGGAAAUCAUCGAAUUAUCGAAGUUUCGUCGAGAACACUGGACUAGGAACGAAGCGUAGACGUUCAACGCGUACACUUUGAUCUGGAGAAACGAUCGAGCGAAGAUCAAUGAAUCGAAGAAGAAUUUAAUGAACACCAUUGGCUCUUUAAUUAAGCUCAUUGAUUAAUCAGCGAUUGUGGAAAUGUUUCCUUUGAAACAAGUAUCAACAAAAAGACUUGGAUUACAAAAUCUUUCUUUCAAUCUUAAUUGCAGCUUUCGACCAAACGAGAGAGAAAAAUACUCAAUUUUUAAAUAUGGUUGUUGGAAAAAUUCAUAUUUCAUUGAAUUUUUAUAUCAUUUUAACGAAAUUCCUAUGUGAUAUUAAUAACAUAUUGUACAACAUUUAUUGCCAAUGAAAUUCUGAAUGAGCUUGAAAACCUUUUGUGGGAAAAAUAAAAUAAAAUUGAUGGAUACAGAGUGGAGACACUCAAAGGGCUAAAUUAUAUUUAAUUAAUAGGGUUCAUGGAACAAUUAUCUCGCUAAUACAAAUACAUAUAAAAUUUCACAGAAAGCUACAAAAUAACAGCUAUUGAUCUUGGACGUCUGGUGUAAUUCAUUCUGUCAUUGUUCUCUGGAAAAGAACAGUUCUAGCGACGUUAACUCUACAGAUAUAUAAUUUACGGACAAUAUUUAACAAAAUAAGUCGCAAUCAUUCUCCCUUUUUCUUUUUAUAAUACAACAAAAUGCAGGCUUACGAAACUUAGAAUAUAAACUCUGUCUGAAUGUGCAAAAGUUUGUAAUCGCAAUUGCGUGACUUUGGAUAUUAAAAAAAAAAAGAGAGAUGUUACAAAAUUGCUGCUCACAAAUUUCACGUUUUUAUUAAACAUAUUUCGAUGUCGAUAACAAAUGCCGAGGAAAACGGUACACACAGAGAGGAAAUUCUAGGUUCAUACUGAAAAAAUAAAUGAAUAAAUAAAAAUGCUCUCGCCUGGCUCAAAAUCGAAUUUAUCGACACAUGCCAAAAAUGAAAAUGCGCCAAAUUUCUAAUCUAAUUAGCGAUAAAUAUAACGAUAAUAAGUAAAUGAAUAAAUAAACGAUAACCCUAAUGAUAAUUUUGAUCUAGUUGGAAGGUGUAACGUGAUUAAGACGUAUGUGUAGGUAACAUUUAAAUGAUUCAACGUACACGAUGUGAGAAUUAUAUAUAUAUACACAUUAUCUUUACUACACGUUUUAUUAUUACUAAUUAUACUUAUUCGAUUAAGUCUAAUAGGAUAUAUACACGUUGUUGAACGUUAUGAGCCCGCGAACAAAUAAUAUGAAACGAGAUAAAUGAGGAUAGUUAACACGGAAAGGAAGAUGCGUGACGUAUUAAUAAAUUAACAGAAUUUAUACAUGUAUAUACGUGUAUACGUCGAACACGUGUGUGAUUAAGUUUUAUAAAAAUCAUCUUUAGUUAGAUGUUUCGUGUUCAGUUAUUAACACGUUGACUGCCGCCUGCUAUAAACUAAUCAGAGGAACUCCCCAAGUGUUACGCUCACUUAUUAAUAAGUAAGCGUAAUAAUUAUUAUAAUCAUUUGGAUAUUUAUUAAAUUGAUGAUACUGAUCACUGGUGAUCAGAAGCGGAUUAACAUUUUUGGGGCUCGGGGUUAUCAAACAUUUGAAGGUCCUCUCGGUUGAUGAACUUUGUUCAGAAAAUGAAAUUUAUUCUAAAUAAAAUUAAGUAACAUUUUAAAAAAGCGGCAGUCGAUGUACGAUCCAUGACUAUAAUAAACGAUGUAACCAUAAACGAAGCUAGGCCUGAGUUACAUAGGAUUGAGCGAAAGUGGAAUAAGUAGAAGAGGUUUGACGUUUUCGUGAGUGAGGAGCAGGAAACUCGCGUUCAAGGGUGCAAGUGCCAAACUAAAGUUUAAUCGUGCGACGCUCGUAAGCUUAGGUGAUUCGUUAUUGAAAUAUUUCCUUAACCCUCAUACGCUGAUUUAAAUUUUGAAAAAAGGAAUCCCAAUUACCAUUACUAUUCGUUUUAAUUUCAAGUGAAAGUGAAUGUUUUGUGUAAUUAAUUUUGAGGAGUGUGUGAGGGUUAAGGACCCUUCUAGAUUACGAUAAGGAUAUAAAGAUAACGUCUUUCGAACUUGUUCAAUGUACCGUGCUUCCCUCUAAUGAGGACGAAUAUUGUCCAUUCUGUCGCUAAGCUUUCAGGACUUUUAAUUAACCCUUUCGCUGCCAGUGGAAGGGUUGAUACCGAAUUUCAAAAACACAAAACGUAAUGAUUUUGUGAAUAUUCAAUUUCUUACAACGAUGAAGUCUGUAAUAAAUGAUUCGUGGUUUCGUGAAGUUCGAUGGUUAACUCUGGGGCAGCGGACCAUGAAGAGAGCCCCAGUUUUAAUUCAAUUUUGCAUCUCGUAUUAUUUACAUCUUUAAUUUAAAAUUUAU